CCUCCACUUCAACAUCCGGAUCACAGACGAUCAGGCGACUAAGACUUCCCGGAACUGUUGGCUGUUGGCUGUGAUUGUCUCCACCUCAUUUACCUCACCGGCCUCACUUCUCUCUCCAACGUCUCUCCCGUUGUGUUACCGCCCACCCCAAUUCGCCGGUAGGCUCUACGUCAACCCUUUAAAUCAACAGCCUCACCACACUCAAUCUCAAGCCUUGUCAACCUGCCAUCCCUCCCCCAUCUCUGUCCCACCCCUCUUCCUCUUCUGCCACUCCAGCCCCCAGCCGCUCACCUCCCCAUCACAAUGGACGCCGACCCCGCCGCGACCUUGCGCGACUUCUCCGUCUCGCUCGACACGCUCGAGUCGGCGCUCGCGCCCCUCCUCGCCCGCCCGCUCGCGGAAACCCGCGAUGCGCUCGGCACCAUCGAGCGCGCCAAGCUCGACGUGCUCAUCGCAUACACCAUCAACAACCUCGUGUGGAUGUACCUCAAGACGCGCGGGAUCGACCCCGACACGCACGGCGUCGCGCCGGAGCUCGAGCGCGUCAAGACGUACUACGCGAAAGUGCGCGAUGCCGAGGCGGGCAAGCCGCAGCUGCGCAACCGUAUCGACAAAGACGCGGCCAAGCGCUUCAUCAUGCACUCUAUUGACGCGGCGCCAAACUCGCACGCCGCGAUGGCACGGCGGCAGGCUGAAGCAGCCGUCCGCGAGCGCAAGGAGGGCGAGAGCCAGGCGACGCGGAGUAAUAGGUUUCGGCAUGUUGCGAAGGACGCAGCGCCGUUGAGUGAUCCUGAAGACGCGGAAGACGAGGACGAGGAGAUGGACGUGGACGUCGACGCAGAGCCAAUAGCCGACUCGGAGGAGGAGGCCGCCGCGCUCCUUGCGCAAGUGUAUGACGAGGUGGACCGCAUGCCCGUGCCCGAGCCGAGCGAGGCGCGCGUCGACCUGCCCUCCCACCGGGCCAAGCGGAAGCGCGCGGAGGACUUGGGGUAGUGCUAGUGCAUUGGGGUAGUGCAUUUAUAGGGCGACGUGUUGUUAUUGCGUUCACC